GUAAACGAAUGUGACAUGGGCGCCCCCUGCCAGCAGAGGUGUUACAACACUUAUGGCACCUUCCUCUGUCGUUGUGACCAGGGUUAUGAGCUGGGGCCUGAUGGCUUUGUCUGCAACGACAUAGAUGAGUGCAGCUACUCCAGCUACCUCUGCCAGUUCCAGUGUGUAAACGAGCCAGGGAAGUUCUCCUGUGUGUGCCCAGAAGGAUACCAGCUGCUGGGCACUCGGCUGUGCCAGGACAUAAAUGAGUGUGAGAUGGGUGUAAACCAAUGUACGGACACACAGACCUGUGUAAACAUCCACGGAGCUUAUCAGUGUGUGGACACAAACCGCUGCCAGGACCCGUACGUGCAAGUGUCUGACAACCGCUGUGUGUGUCCUGUGACCAAGCCUGCCUGCCGAGACAUGCCCUUCUCCAUCGUCCACCGCUUCAUGAGCAUCACCUCGGAGCGCUCCGUCCCCUCUGACAUCUUCCAGAUCCAGGCCACCAGUGUGUACCCCGGGGCCUACAACACCUUCCGCAUCCGCUCGGGGGACGACAAUGGGGACUUCUACAUAAGGCAAAUCAACAACAUCAGCGCCAUGCUGGUUCUGGCUCAUGCUGUGACUGGACCCAGAGAGUACACACUGGACCUGGAGAUGGUGUCGGUUAAUCCCCUGCUCAGCUACCAGACCAGCUCCGCCCUGCGGCUCUCCAUCUAUGUAGGCCCUCACGCCUUCUAGAGGGGAGGAGUCAGAUAGAGGAGAGAGAGAGAGAGAGAGAGAGAGAGAGAGAUGAAGAGAGAAAAAGAGACAAGAGCUGAAAAAGUACAUGGAAUCGUAUAGAAUUGAAGGUGUGACAGCCCACUCAGUUUACUAAAGGAAGACCUGUCACUGAUCAAAUAUGUCCCACAAUGGUAUAUCUUUGCUGUUCUGUGACCUGCAAAGUACAUCCCACCCCCUUUGUCAAACCACACCCGUAGAGGAGAGUAAUAGCAGAUAAAAACCAACAGGAUUUUGUAUGACUAAAGGAUGUGUUUGGGAUGGAGUCCAAUGCUGCGUAGUUAGAUCACCAGCAUCCAUCAUGUUUCAGUUCCCAGCCUCUCACCCUCCCACUCCUCUAUGCCUGUUUUUCUCUGGAUCUCAUUCCACAGAACACCUGUCACUGCACAUCACCCUAUGGUGAAUGUGAAUGACAGCAAUAUGCAACGCAUAAUUCACUAUUUUUUUAGUGUGCAGGGAGAGAAAGUUCCAUCCGAAAUGUGUUUAGUCGAUGUCUCCAUUCGAGUGAAAGACUCCAUUCUAUCAUCACCAGCGUCUCUCAUCAUCCCUUAUCCAUGAUCAUCAUGAUCUGCCAUUCCCAUUUCCAGUCUGUCACUCCCUCUUCCAUCUUCAUGCUCUGUCCUUCCCUCUGUAGCAGGUUUCACUGUCCUCAUCCAUGACUCAAUAACCACUGAGCUCAGCCCUCCUCCUCCAGCCCGCCCCAGGCCCCUCUCCUGAAUUUCACCCAAAACUCUAACUUUGAAUCAUUACCAUGUGUAGUUUUGUCCCAUUACUGAUUAUUAUGUUGUAUUUUUGAGGGGGGAUACAGGAAGUGAUACGAAAUAAAACAAAACAUUUUGACAUUUC